AUGCAAAUAGGAGAUUUUCACCUUGAAGUUUUAAUUAAUGGGCAAGCUUUACCAGAAUACAAAUCAACCGUAUAUAGAUGGUCAAUUUCACGAAGUUCAUCAUCUUCACCAACAACGUAUCAAGGACCAUAUCUCCCUUAUCCUGUUAAUAAAUAUCCAAAUAAGCAAAACCAAACGUCAUAUGGGAGACCCGGAACAAUUACUGCUUGUUUCUUCAAAGGGAUUAUUGUUGACGAAAGUGCUUUAAUUAAACCAGAAUUCGAAAGUCAAGCAAGUUAA